AUGCCAUGUGGUCGACUGCCAGUACAAGCACAAAUCAGACUUUAUAGUUCUGAUGAUCAGAGGGAAACCAGCAGACCAACAGAACUUGGUGCCACAGGUAUUGAAUGUUAUGUAUUGACAGGCCAGGAUCCCAGCAAAUCAGAACAGAAGAGCAUGCUACCUUCCGAUCCUAUUCAAGUCAAAGUUAAGGCGGUUCUUAAAAAGAGAGAUUAUGGAACAAAAUACAUGAAGAACAACUUCAUCACAGGAGUACGAGCAAUGAAUGAAUUCUGCCUUAAACCCAGUGACCUGGAACCACUGCGGAAGAUUAGACGGAGAAGUCCCCAUGACGACACUGAAUCUUUUACUGUGUUCCUAAGGUCGGAUGUUGAGGCCAAGGCUUUGGAAGUUUGGGGGAGUCCUGAAGCCAUUUUUAGGGAAAGAAAAUUAAGAAAAGAAGAAGAGAUUGCAUACAAAGAAAAUCUGUUUAGAAAUCAGAAACUAUUAAAGGAAUACAAGGAAUUUCUAGGAAAUACAAAGCCUCGUUUAAGCACAUCCUCCGUGUUUCUCAAGGGCCCAGGGAAAGUUGUUAUGGUUGCAAUAUGCAUAAAUGGACUAAACUUUUUCUUUAAACUUUUGGCCUGGGUGUACACUGGCUCUGCUAGUAUGUUUUCCGAAGCUAUCCAUUCCUUAGCUGAUACAUGUAACCAGGCACUGUUAGCACUGGGUAUAGCGCAGUCUGUACGGACACCAGAUCCUGGACAUCCGUAUGGCUUUACAAACAUGCGAUAUAUUGCUUCCUUGAUUAGUGGUGUAGGCAUUUUUAUGAUGGGAGCUGGAUUGUCAUGGUACCAUGGAAUCAUAGGUUUAUUACAUCCUCAGCCAAUAGAUUCAUUGCUAUGGGCAUACUGUAUACUUGCUGGAUCAUUAGUUUCUGAAGGAGCUACACUUCUUGUUGCUGUUAAUGAAAUUAGGAGGAGUGCAAGGGCAAAGGGAUUGUCUUUUUACAAGUACGUGGUUCAGUCUCGGGACCCAAGCACCAAUGUAGUCCUGAUGGAAGAUGCUGCUGCAGUUUUGGGGGUUGUAAUGGCUGCCUCCUGUAUGGGGUUGACAUCACUAACUGGGAACCCGUUAUAUGACAGUCUGGGCUCCUUGGGAGUUGGGACCCUGUUGGGAGCAGUUUCUGCUUUCCUUAUCUACACCAAUACAGAGGCCCUCAUAGGUCGAUCGAUACAGCCAGAACAAGUACAGCGUCUCACUGAAUUUCUAGAGAGUGAUCCUGCUGUAAGGGCUAUUCAUGAUGUAAAAGCUACAGAUAUGGGAAUGAGUAAAGUACGGUUUAAAGCAGAAGUGGAUUUUGAUGGACGGGUUGUAACAAGGUUAUAUUUGGAAAAGCAAGAUAUUGACCAAGUGCUUCAGGAAAUUCGUCAGGUGAAGACCCCAGAAGAUUUAGAGGCUUUUAUGCUUAAACACGGAGAGAAUAUUAUUGACACGUUGGGGGCUGAAGUAGACCGACUUGAAAAGGAAUUGAAGGUAAGAGCAUAA